AUGCGGCACAUUCUCGGGGACGAGCCACAGAUCCGCGAGUCCGGAUUACACACCCUCUUUCCAAGUUUUAAAGACGUUAAAGGCUUGAUUGAGCAAGACUUUGUUCUGAUGUUUGGAGAAGGAGCGUCAGGCAAGCUACUGGAGAAGUGGACUACUGCAUUCAAGAAAAAAGUGAUUCAGCAGUGCAAAAAGCUUCCAACCACCAGUGAUGUUGGAGAACUCCUGCUAGCAGCUGAAUCUCCGUCUGAUGACUCAGAAGAUUGUGUUAAUUUUGUUUGGGACUCUGACCUCUCUUCUAUAAUACUGCUGUUGCAUCUGAUCCCACCUUCUGCCCAAGGCCGAAAGAGACCAGGAAAGGUGUCUGCUUCUCAAGCAGAGAAACAUCUUGUUGUCUUCAAGAAGAGUGGAACAAACAUUGAUGAGCAUCUUCGAAACAUCACUGCUAGUGCUCAGCCCUAUCUCCUGGCUGUGGGACCUCAGAAGAAAUCAGUUCACCAGUUCUACAUCAUCCUCGAUCAGCAUGCCAUUCCAUGCAAGUCAACCUCUUCUCUUGGUGCCUUUGACGAACUGUUUAAGUCACACUUUGUUUUUGGUACCUCCUACAACACUAUGCUACACAACAUGUACACUUUCAUUCAGACCACUGUGUACAACAUAGAUGUUGGCAAAGUGAAAGAGAGUCCUCGUGUUGCUGAAGUCAGAGCAAGGCUGCUUAGCUAGGUCACUUAAGUUUUUCUGCCCACAUGAAGUGUUUUGUUUGUCAAGCUGAUUCAAAUGGUUCAAAAGAGCUUCUUAGGCACCUCAGAUUAGUUCAUGGUUUUGUUCCUGGGAAGAAUCUAAGCCUUAAAUGCAUAGAAGCAGGUUGUGGUUCUGUGUUCGGUACUUUUUCAGGUUUUAGGAAACAUCUGCACACAAAACAUGCUGAGCAAAGCGACGGUGAGCAAAAUUUUGACACUACUGAUAGCCAUGAGACUACCAAGGCAGAUGGACAAAGUAGUUCUGAAGUAUUUGAUCAGAUUGGCAGUGCUGGAGAGGUGGCCGCAACAUCUGUAUUGUUAACAUCAAAUAAGAGCACUUUCAAUAUGUGUGCAUCUGCUGUUGCACAACUAAAAGUUGCUGGAUUAAGU